UCGUGUCUUGAUGAGCCUCCUCCUCUUUUAUUACAAUACUUAGUACCUUAGUCAGAUAACUGUGGUAAUGGUAAAAGUAAUAUAUAGUGAAGGUGAAUUACGACUUAGAACUAGCAAAUUUGUUUUUCAAUUAUUAAUUUUGUUUAGUGAUUUAGAAACACUAAUAAACAUACUAGGCUUUUUAUACAAUACAUGGUUGCUAUGCCAACAUCUCAUGUAAACAUAUUACAACGCUUAAGCGACUAAAUACUCAAGUUACAAAUGUCCAUAUUUAAAUCGAAACCAUUUUGGUCUAACGAGAAAUUACAAAGUGAAACAUACGAUGAAGGUAUUCAAAAUAGCUGUUGCGUCAAAGUGGAUAAAUUUAACUCGUACAAUGAUAGCGACUGCAUAAUUGCUUGUGAAGGUCGACAAUUGAAGAUCUAUAAACCCAGCAAAGAGUCCGAAUCUGAUAUUGUUUUAGAAUCUGACCAAAAAGAUGUUAUCCUACAGAUUGAGACUGGAAAAUUUAUUAUGGAUUCCAGUGAUAGACAAAUUUUCAUAUUGCAUCCUCAAAGUUACGCAACAUAUUUUCUUGAGAAAAAGGAUGGACAUAUUGAUGCAGGUGUUCAAAACUACCUAAGACCCGUAUUAAAGCACUCAUUCACACGAAAAGCGUCUAGUGUGGUUGUUGGGCCCUUUGGCGUAACAAAAAGCAGAGACCUCAUUUGUAUUCAGGCGUUAGAUGGCGCUUUGAGUUUUUUUGACCAAGACACGUUUCUUUUUAUGUGUUUGUUCGAUGAUAUUAUAAUACCCACACCUAUCGGCUAUGUGCCUAGUAGCGAUCUAUUUGUUAUUUGCAAAUCUACGUGGAUUAUGGAAAUAUACAGUUACCAGCAAUUACGCGAGUUGAGUGAACUAAGUGGCCGACAGAAUAAGAAGAACAUUCCCCAAUGGACAUAUAGUCCCGGCGAAGAAAUAUCGGCUCUGCAAGUUAUACGGACGAGCAGUAACUUUUCCAGCAUAAUCGCUUUGGGAGAGCGAUAUCUCUAUUGUUUCCAGGAUAAUGGAUUGAUGAAAUUUAUGAUUCGAUUUGAUUUUAUGCCUGUCUGCUUUUACGGCUACCUUAUUGGUUGGUAUUACGAACCUAAUUCAAGAUUAAUUAUAAUGGUAGUAUCUGACGAUGCAAAGCUCUUUAUCUAUGAAGACACAGCGUUGUUAUGGUCGUGUGAUUUACUAAAUGAUACAAUAGCAAUAUCUCGAUGUUUUCUCAAAAACUUAGCUGGAGGAAUUGUAACACUGUCCACGAAUGGAAUUGUAAGUGUCAGCUAUUUGGGAACUGAGCCUGAUCUUAAUUCGUCUAUAGUACCAAUGACAGCUGAAGCUGUACCUGAAGAUAUCCUUGCAGAGAUAGAGGCUGUAGAGGAAGCACUCGAGAAAAUUAUGGGAAAUGAAGAAGCACUUCCAACGCCCGAGCUUAUCAAAAUAAAGAUUGAAAUGGGAAAGCCAAUUGAGAGCUUCAUCAAUGACGAUUUAACACCCAACUGUUCAUUAAUAAUCAUCCUCACUUGUGAACCUAAACAAAUCCAGAAUAUACAAAUAACCUACUUCUGCAAGCAGCCAUUCUCAUUUAGCGAUUCGUGUGUUUGCCUAGACGAUAUUAAUGGAACAGAGAUUGUCGAAACGCGAAUUUUUCUCAACGAUUUUUGCGUUUCAAAUAAUAAAAUUAAAGUUAUUUUUACAAUAACGGAUUGUUCUGGAAAGAUCCAUGUGUUGGUUAAAGAUCUUUUGAUACCGUUGUCAUUGUAUACUCGUGUAGUUGAUGUUGUUGAAAAUAAUGCAUUUAUUUUGUAUUUACAAACUAAUCUUGGCUGUAUCAGUUUAGAUAAUAUAUUUGAAGAUUUUAUUUCAGACACAAUUAAUCCGAAUAACAUUACGUUUUCAUUCAAAGAUAAAACUGUGACAAUAAAAACAAUCGCCGAUAAAUACACACUCGAAGGAAACGAUUGUACGGAGAUGUAUCCGAUAUUGAAUUAUUUCCUCGAUAAAUUACAAGAACAUUACACGAAAUUGGGAAUAAACAAUUUAAAAGUAACGCUUAAAAUUGAUACGGAGCUGUACAAACAUAUAAUUCACCGAUUUUUAAAAUCAAUAGAAAUGCACGCCAAGGAACGAAUUGUUUUGAAGAAAUUUGAGGCUGAACUAAACGUUUUACAAUCACAGUUCACUCUCAUUCAAAAGAAGCUGUUGGUCCAGUAUGGGUCUUUGCCACCGGGUGACUGUGAUGCCCUGGAAUUUCUAAUGCGAGACACACAUUCAAUGAUUGUUAGGACUGCUGAAAAUGUCUUAGCAAGUAAAGAUAAAGUAAUAAGUAUAUCGUGCGAGGUGAGUGCAAUUGGACAUCUUGUGCUUUGUGUACUCAAACAUUCUGGUAUUGAAGAAGGAAAAGUUCAAAUACUCGAAGAAACACUUUCAUUGGACACAUUCUGUGAUGAUACUCAGGAUUGGGAGGAGUCAGUUACUCAAGCGUCCUCCUACAUUCUCAACACAAUACUCAAGAAGAGCAAAGAUAAGGAAAAAAUAUCUCCCGUAACUGACCAAGAUAUUCUAUCAGAAGUCAAUAUUAAAAGAUUCCUCAAGCAAACUAAAUUUAUACUCGAAAAUUUGACCGAACAAUCAGAAAAUAUAACACGUAUAGAAGAAUUCGUUGAAGUAAUUUGAAAAUAGAAUUUGGUCAAAAAGUUUUUUUUUAACAUAGCAUAGAUAAUAUUUACAUUCAAAAAUAAUAGGCAAAUUGGUAACACAAAUUCAAAAUUGCAAAAAUUUAAAGCACUAUACUGUUUGAAAUGUAAAAAAAUAUUAUUUAUAAAUACUUUUUUAUACGUCAGUCACGUACAAAACGGUCACAGAUUAGUUAAACCGACGAUGAAGUAGCAUGCCAGUAAAUAUGUACAUAUUUGAUUUUCUAAACAAUAAUAGGUGUGUCGAAAAAUUUUUAUACAAAUUUAGUUUUCGAAUAUCUACAUUCACUACUGUUUUAUUAUUUGUUCAUACAUCACAAAGGAUAUUUAAAUAAAAAAUACCUAUAAAUUAUAACGGUUUUUAUUUAAGGUACCAAGGUACAUAUUUAAGGUACAUAUGCUGUAUGCUGUCUCAUUCUAACAAUGUUACUAUAUGUCAGAGUGAAACAACAUAAUUAGCAAAAUCACACUGAAAUUAUGAUAUUUAAUAGAAAUUUACAAAUGUUUCAUUUACACGACACAACAAUAUGUAUUAAAAAGGUUAUUUAAGAAUUCAUAAAUUUUAACUAAAAAAUAAAAUUAUACAGGCUGCCAUAAAUUACCGUCAAGCUGAAGUUGGAUGUUAGGAUAGGUAUGUUUACCCCAGAAAAUGAAUAAAAUAUUCUGUCAAGUAUUUUUUAAAUUAUGUAUUAAACGUAACAUUAAAGAGGUAAAUUUAUUUGUACACCCUGUUUCUUGCUUUUAUAUGAACAAUCCAACCCUGUCCAAAUAAAAUAUAUUAUGCAAUAUUGGCAAUUUGUAAACAAUUAUUUUGGUUAACUAUAAACGAGUUACUACGGCCUAACGUGUAAAAUUUGGAACACGCUGUAUGAUGUUAACAUUUUUGACAUUUAAAUUGAAAUUAUCAUUUUUUAUGAAAGAGAUCGUUUUCCAAAUAGUUUCUAUGCCAUAUUCAAUUUGGAUAUAUAGAUUUCCCAACAAU